AUGAUAUCCACGCAUGAUUCUUCUGCUGCAACAACGGCAGCCUUAUUGAAUGGGUUAUGUGCGAAUAAUUUACCAGCGAAUAUUCAAGAUCUUUUAACUACACCCUCACCUGCGACCCUCAAUGCUGCCUUAAAUCAACUCAUUCUUGCUUCUGCAAGUGGUGUAGUAGACAUGAGUGCGUUUGGAACGUUGAAUAUGUCAGAUCUUUUAUCAGCGUCAGCUGGCUCACAAGGAAUACUGCCGUUCCUGGGAGCGAAUUUAGCAGAUUUGAAUAUGGACCCUCAAAAAAUGCAGUUGACACUUAUAGAAGCAGCCACGAUGGCUGCUGCGAAUAGCGCUUUCUGUGGUUUAGUGGCCAAGGCUAAGCAGCUUCUUCACGUCCGAUGUAAUAAGCUUGUUUGUCAUUCGUUGAGACUGAGUUUGAUGCCUUCUGAAGCAAAGAAUUGGAUUGUUCGACUAGGUGAAGAGUGUGAUGUGAAUGGUUCGUCACAGAAUGUAAACGCUGAAAGUCGGGAAUCAUUUUUAUUGCGGGAUAGUCGACUAACAAUAUCACAGAAGUUAUUGGCUGCUGAAGAGGAGGCAGCAGCAGGAAAUGAUACACCAAAGAUGACACGCGAAGAUAGGAUAGAUCUUGAGGAAUUGGAGAAUUUCGCACAAACCUUCAAGAAACAACGCAUUAAAUUCGGGUUCACUCAAGGUGAUGUUGGAAUGGCGUUGGGUAGACGUUACGGAACGGAUUUUUCACAAACGACCAUCUCGAGAUUUGAAGCGUUGAAUCUGUCGUUCAAGAAUAUGUGCAAGUUGAGACCACUGUUGAAGGAGUGGUUGGCCGAUGCUGAAAAUGCCAUCGCUAAUGGUGCGACCGCCUCUGAUUUAUUGGAGGCGCAGAAAAAUCCGGAUUUAUCCGGAAAUCAGAUGAAUGCGUUAUCUGCCACGAAUGCGACAGUGCUCACAUCAUCCGGAUCAUUGCUCACAUCCUCAUCGGGUCUAGUCGACAGUGGUUCACUGUCGCCGAAUGGAACAGCAACAACAACAACCAAAUCCUAUAGUGGUGGAUUGGGAACGUGUCAUCUGAACAGUGCCACAUCGGGUCUGUUGGCGGCCAACAGCAAUGCGUUAUCAUCGAAUAACACUGCCAUCUUAACAACGGCAACAAGUAUACCGUUGAGGAAGAGAAGGAAACGUACGAAUCUAGACUCGGCUCAGCGAGCUGCACUGGAUGGCUACUUUCAAAUCAAUUCAAGACCGGAUCAUGAACGAAUGGCGCAGAUUGCACAGACCUUGGAAUUGGAUCGAGAUGUAUGA